AAAUAAAAUAAAAAGAUAAUAAUAAAAUAAGUAAUUAUUUCGCCACUCAACCAAUCACAAACCUCUUUCUCUUUUCUCUGUUCUUCGUUUCUUAAUUAAAUCAAACACCAAACCCUCCAAAAAAAGAAAAAGGAUUAAAAAACACCUCAUAUUUUCCGUCACCCUCUAGGGAAAAUUAAUAAAGAAAGUAUCCAAUUCUCCGAUGAGGGCACCAAAGAGGCCGAUCCACGCAGUUUCGACAUGGGUCCGGCGACAGCCGCCCAAAGUCAAAGCCUUUUUGGCGGUGGUGGCGGGUAUGGCGGCGCUUGUAUUUCUCCGAUUCAUAGUACAUGAUCAUGAUAACCUUUUUGUGGCUGCUGAGGCUGUCCACUCUAUUGGUAUCAUUGUUCUUAUUUAUAAGCUCAUGAAGGAGAAAACUUGUGCGGGACUAUCACUUAAGUCUCAGGAAUUGACAGCUAUGUUUUUAGCUGUUAGGCUGUAUUGCAGCUUUGUUAUGGAAUAUGAUAUACAUACCCUGCUUGAUUUAGCUACAUUGGGAACGACUUUGUGGGUUAUUUAUAUGAUCCGUUUCAAUUUGAAGUCUAGUUACAUGGUGGACAAAGACAAUUUUGCAAUAUAUUAUGUGGUGGUACCCUGUGCCAUUCUAGCUUUGUUAAUUCAUCCAUCAACAUCUCAUAAUAUUGUGAAUAGGAUUUUCUGGGCAUUCUGUGUAUACCUGGAAGCUGUUUCUGUGUUACCUCAGUUGCGUGUAAUGCAAAAUACAAAGAUAGUUGAGCCAUUUACAGCUCAUUAUGUAUUUGCAUUGGGUGUUGCGAGGUUCUUGAGUUGUGCCCACUGGGUUCUUCAGGUUUUGGACACUCGUGGACACUUGCUGGUAGCCUUGGGUUAUGGAUUGUGGCCUUCUAUGGUUCUUAUAUCAGAAAUUGUUCAGACUUUCAUCUUAGCUGACUUCUGUUACUAUUAUGUCAAAAGUGUUUUUGGAGGACAGCUUGUUCUCCGUCUUCCCUCAGGAGUGGUGUAAUUGAAGAUCCUGUUCUGCCGUUGAGCAAUAUUGCUGUCUGAAAUCAAUGUUUUCAAGCAAUGCUGUUCCAAGAAUUUUUGGGUUCGAGACAGGGUUCUUCACGUUAUGAUCUGAAGUAAAGUGGUCAUCUGUACAUUUGGGGGUGCAGAAACUCUGAUGGAUAUUUUAUUUAAGAAAGAUAAUUUUUUAUAGUUGGGUUAACUUCUUUUGUUAGUGCUGACUUCUGAUCUGCCUUUUUUUUUUUUUUUUUCCCAUACUAAUGAAUAUUACUGAUCAGCGCCGAGUUAUGUGAAUGGAAAAGAAUUCUUGGUAUUUUAUUA